UUAGCACUUUCCAAAGUGACAUUAUAAUCCAACGGGAAAUGGUCCCUCAUAAUUGGGCGUACCAAAGGUCUUCUUUCCUGAGGAAGUGUUGAUGUCGUUCAAUAAUAUUUUAUUUUAUCAUUGUGUGUGAGUAUCAUGACGAUUCUUAACCUCAAGUGCUUAUGGAUUACAUAUUUCUAUGUAAUAUUGCUCACUAGAUCAGUAGGGACAUCACCAUUUGUGUGGAAACACGUUCUGCAGUCAUCAACUAACGCUUCGUUUGUUGCCAGUCUUGGUUGUGAUGACGACAUGGAGACCUUCUCUUUGACCAAUGAUGGAGUGAAUCAGUGGUGGUUUGUUGAGCUGGACAAUAUUUUAACAAUUGGUUGGAUCUAUGUCAGCGUUGGUACUGCGGAUUAUGAAAUAUAUGUUGAAAAUACUGAAGAUCAAAGACCCUUGAAGUACUUCUGUCUACCUGAUCGAAGUAAACUAAGAUCACUUCAACGAUUGAUGACAUGUAAAUAUCCAACUUUUGUCAUCGAGAACGUGAAUAGAAUAACUAUUCGUCAAAAAGGAAAUGGAUCAUUGAAAAUAUUUGAUGUUAAACCAAUAGGAAUAUCUCCUUUGAGUCAAACGAUCGUAGUGAAUUAUACGGAUUCCGAAGCCUUAGACGGCGACAUGGACACAUAUUACCAUUCAAACGAAAAUGACCAGGCCUCCUGGUUCCUGAAACUGGAUAAAAACUAUGCGAUGAAAUGGAUACUUUUAUCAGUCAGGGGAGGACAUUAUGAAAUACAUGUUAAAGAUGGUGACCUAACAACCAGCACGUCCACACUGUGUCGGAAGUUCAGUUUUACCGUAUCAGAGAUCUUAAAGAAAAACGAAAAGGCCUUGGAAUGUUACACGGAAUUGACAGGGAAUAUAAUUAUAAUAAGAAGAACGGAUUAUGGACCACUGAGGCUGUUUGAGUUGUAUCCCAUAAUUUGUCCCGAAAAGCACUACGGACCAAACUGCGCUAAAUGUAAAGCAGAGUGUACAUCCUGUAGUCCUAUCACUGGUGUAUGUUUCGACUCCACGUGUGACCAGAAAACAGGUAUAUGUGAGGGUUGGAAAACAGAAAUGGCUACACACAGCAUCGCCUUUGACGAAGAUACACCUAUUACUAAGGAAAUAAACGUCAUUCAAGAUUCGAAAACAGAAAGGGCUACACACAGCACCAUCUCAGAUGAAGACACACCUAUUACUAAGGAAUUGGACGACAUACAAGAGGUCAGAUCCAACAGAGGGGACCAGACUCAGUCCAUCAUAGUGCUGUCUGUUCUCGUGGUGAUAGCUGUGUUUUUGGUCUUUAUAGUGAUUUUCCGCUUUAAAAAAAGAACGAAACCUCCAAAAGUGGAAACAAAUGAGGAAAAUGUCUUUUCCGUGGAAUUCCAUCGAGUAGAAUCAAGAACUGAAUCCGAACUAGAGGAGAUUCCCCAGAACGAGGUUGGCGAUGUUGAGGAUGAAAUCAUCACUGUAGAGUACAGUAAUCUGACGUCACAAAGGGUCUCCAUUGAUCAGUUCAUCAGAGAAUUACCAGAAAAAAGAAACAACGGAAUACUGGAGAAAGAAUUCGAUGAACUUCCUACUGGACUACUAGAGUCCUAUUCCAAUGCUCUGAAGGUUUCCAGUAGAAAGGGGAACCGAUACAAAGGAAUUUAUCCGUAUGAUUAUAAUCGCGUGAAAUUGAUGAGAACAUAUGCAAAUGAGAACGAUGACUUUGUCAAUGCAUCGUACAUACAUGGUUUCAGCAAAGAGCGGGCGUACAUAGCCACACAAGGUCCUUUUAAUCCAAAGACGUUGGAGGAUUUCUGGACGAUGAUCUGGCAGAAUGACGUCACAAGGAUCGUCAUGCUGACCAAUCUGUACGAAGGAGAUAGGAUGAAGUGUCUGAAGUACUGGCCGGACACGGAUCUGGACAUCGGUCAAUACACCAUAAUACUGGACAAUGUGGAUGUGUAUGACCACUACGUACUGCGAUAUAUGGUUGUUCAUUUUCAGGAAGAAGAGAAAAAAGUGACACAGUUUCACUUCACCACCUGGCCAGACAAAUCCAUCCCCGUUGAUCCGACGUCACUUAUUUAUUUCCGUAACUUGGUCAGAAAUGGACUCACUGCAUCUGAUGGACCGAUAGUCGUUCACUGCAGCGCUGGAAUUGGGAGAACUGGAACAUUCAUUUCAUUCGAUUACCUCCUGGAAGAGGGCACUGCAGAAGAAACAAUUGAUGUCAAGGGGUACAUUGCUUCUUUACGACAGCAGCGCGGAGGAUCUGUGCAAACUUGUGACCAGUACAUUUUUCUUCAUGAGGCACUUGUGGAAGGAUUUUCAAACAGCAAUGUUCACCAUGGUUGUCUAUCUGUGUUGUAACAUCUGGGUGUACGAGAAAAAUAUAACCAACUUACACGCAAAUAGUUUGCUUCAUUUUCACAUAAGGAAAUAUAAGUAUGACAAGAUUGAUUCGAUGUCACGUAACAGGAAAAUAAUGAUACUAAAGAACACUUUAUUCCUCGUGCAUUGCUCAUUUGUACAUUCUAUGCAGAAUAGUGUUUCAUAGUAUGAUUUUUCUCAUGUCUGUUUAAAACAUAUCUCAUUCCUAAUC